AUGCAUGGCAACUGGCCGACCAUAUCCACUGGUGUUUCAAAUGAAAAUGGUGAUCACGGACUCGAUUCGAGCGAGUUGGCUGCUCUCCGGUCACGUUUCACAACCAACACUCUGGGCAUUCGGUUCGCAGCAAUAUACUCUCCUUAUGCCAUCGGCGGCGGUUCUAAUGGUGGUAGUGGAAAGCAGCAACAAAGCGUCACUUCCAGCAAGCUCAACCCCCGUCAGUUAUUUAUCGGAUGUGUGCCGUUACACGUCAAGUACGGGCAACUCAAGUUACUGUUUGAGCAGUUUGGCGAAGUCACAUACGUAAAGGUAUACGAGGGCUACAACAAGCAUACUAUCUCCAAGAUGUUGCACAAUUAUGCGUUUCUUUUUUUUAAAGACGAAAAAUCCGUGGAAAAGGAUAUUGCCGCGUCACCAAUACCAAUCGAUUCAAAUUGGAAUCUCAACGUGUCCCGGCCACACCACCACACAACGACAGUCGAUGCAUGUGACAGGUGA